GUAGAUUUGGGUUAUUCAGUCGACAAACGAGUUUCUCGCCAUGAGCACCUCCAGGUUCUUAAGUGUUUCCCUUUUACUUUUGGGUACUGUGAGUGCCGAAGAAAAACUGAGUAAUUUUGCGCCUGCACCAUAUCGUGCAGGCCCUUGGGUGCUUUCUACCCGGGGGGAAAUUUGGCCCAAGCCACAAAUCCAACAGUCCUCAUCGUCCUUCUUCUCCAUAAACCCGGACACCUUUCAGUUCAAACUGGGUCCCGAGUUGAUUGAAUGCGAGAUUGUUCAAACGGCAUUGCCCCGCUUUUUUGAGCGUGUCUUUCCUAAGUUUUCCACCAAUUCCCGGACGCCCAAACAGGAAUUGACCAAUGCCAUCGAUCAGGAAUAUUUGGGCGGGUUGGACCAUGUCCGAGUGGAAUUGGUGGGCACGAGAGCCAAUUGUGAAACCCAUCCCUAUUUUGGCAUGAUUGAGUCUUAUAAUAUCACUAUUGGAGGUGGUGACAAGAACGUCAUCACAUCUGAGUCUGUGUGGGGUUUGUUGAAGGGGUUGGAAUCAUUUUCACAAUUGGUAUACUCCUCCUCCUUUCCCUCUCAAAUCAACGAAACAACCAUUCAAGAUUAUCCUCGAUUUCCCCAUCGAGGUUUUAUGGUCGAUUCCUCGCGACACUUCCUUCAGAUGAAAAUGCUGAAGCAAACAUUGGACAUUCUGGAGAUGAAUAAGAUCAACGUGUUCCAUUGGCAUCUUGUGGAUGAUCAGUCAUUUCCCUACCAGAGCAUGAAAUUUCCCAAUCUUAGUCUCCUUGGAGCAUAUCAACCAUACACCCAUACGUAUUCACCAACGGAUGUGGAGGAAAUCAUUGAGUUUGCCCGACUCAGGGGAAUACGCGUGAUCCCGGAAUUUGACACGCCCGGGCACACCCAGUCGUGGGAACUCGGUCAACCGGGUGUUUUGACUCAAUGCUACACCGAUGAUGGGCACCCGGAUGGCUCCAAAGGGCCCAUGGAUCCCUCGAAUGAGUCUCUUUUUGACUUCUUGACCGACUUGUUCCAAGAGUUGUCCGCUGUUUUCCCCGACAAUUACGUGCACUUGGGAGGUGAUGAAGUGGACACGUCUUGCUGGGAGAGCAAUCCACACAUCACGGAGUUUAUGGCACAUUUGAACAUCACCGGGGAGUAUCGGAAGUUAGAAUCCUAUCACGUGGAACGAGUGUUAGGAAUUGUGGAUCACUUGGCCAAGAAGAGUACUCCGAUUGUUUGGGAGGAAGUGUUUGAUAAUGGUGACAAUAUUUCCAAAGACACUUUGGUGCACGUGUGGAAAGACGGGUGGCAAGACACAAUGAAAAAGGCCACCAAGGCCGGCUUUCGCGUUCUAUUGUCGAGCCCCUUUUACUUGAAUCGCAUUGCGUACGGCACUGAUUGGGUGGAUAUGUACAAAGUUGAGCCUCUAGAUUUCGAUGGAAGUGCCAAUGAGGAGGCCUUGGUCCAAGGCGGAGAGGCUUGUAUUUGGGGUGAGUGGGUGGAUUCGGUGAACUUGGUGACCCGAGCCUGGCCUAGAGGUUGUGCGUUUGCCGAGCGAUUCUGGUCGGAUUCCUCCGUCAAGGAUGAGGCAAAGGCUGCGCCCAGAUUGCAAGAGCAAGAGUGUCGAAUGCUUCAACGCGGAUAUCGAGUCAAUCCGAUUGUGGGGCCCAACUUUUGUCCAGUGGAUUGGGAUAGCAUUCUGUGAUUUUAGUAUGCUUUGCUGCUAAGCAUAUGACGGAUUUUGUAACCAAUAAACAACGAAUUUGAUUCCAUGCCAAUGUCUGUCUGAUGGAUGAUGAAUAUUGAUUGUCAUGUCUGGAUGUGUAAAAACAACACAAAACAUGACUUUGUCAAGAACAAAAAUAAAACAUUUAUGUAGUA